CAAUGAUUUCGACUCCAUCCAUCGCCAAGAAGAAUCCCUUAUUCUUUGAUUAGUAAUUCAAAGGAGAGUUAGUUGCUUGGCUGACGUUUACAAAUGCAAAACUUCUUUAACAAGGCGGUGCCCAUCGACAGCCUGGGCAAUUGUUGCCUGCGAGACCAACCUGAGGGCCUACAAUGAUUCGGUGACAAAUGGAAAAGAGCUGCAUAUUGAGCGCUGUGCUAGCACAAGCUACAGGGAGGGUUGACAGAGGUCGGUUUGGUGCAGAAGUGAGAUGACGACUUCUCUCUGGUAUCCCAGCUAAAUGACAGAGAUUGACAUCUUCAAGACUUCCUGUUGAUCUUUUGGUGUCAUCACUCCAUCCAGCCACAGCUGCUGACAGCACACAUCCGGACUCCAUGCAAAGGGGAUCCAAAGGGGUGUGAUAUCUCUAAAACCAAGAAUCCGGAGGGUGAUGGUGAAGCAAAUUGCUGCAGCUCUAGAGGAUAUGAACAUUUUGAGCUGUAGAGGCUAAAUGCUCUUGUGGACAGUAAUAAUCUUAUAAUGGCUCUGGGACCUCCUACCUGAAGGAACAAUUAUUUAACCAGCGGUUCCUGUCCCGCAGUUAUUGAAUUUGUCAACUGAGAACCGGUUUACCCCACAAGGAACAACUCCUUGCAGUUUACUGAUCCACUUACAGGUCUUGAGGCCAAGUGUAGCUACCUCCUCAGUCUUUUUGCUCCACGGUGAAGGCACAUUUUAAACUGACUCUGUUGGCACAGGGUGGUAACAACUUGCUAUUUGUAAUCACAAGUGUUUUCCAGUUACCAUUUACCACUAUAAGCUCCCUAUUGCUGGGUAUCCUGCUAAAAUGACUACAGAGUGGGGUGAGAAAUCCACAGCGGACCUCAUGAGUAGGUAUGUCUCCAAGGAAAUGGGAUAUGGAGUGCCCAAGGAGGGUUGGCGCAUCUGCCUGGCUCAUGAGUUCAAGGAGAAGAGGAAGCCCUUUCAAGCAAAAGAUGUCCGGCUGUCCAACGUCAUGGGGCACAUCGGCCUUGGAAUCAGGUAUCUAAAAUGGUGGUACAAGAAGACCCAGGUGGAAAAGAAAGCCCCAUUCAUUAAUAUGUUUGGUGCACAACCUUUGCGCCAAAUAUAUGGCGCUCCACUCGGUGGCAUUGGAGGAGGUACCAUCACGAGAGGUUGGAGGGGGGAAUUCUGCAGGUGGCAACUUAACCCUGGGAUGUACCACUACAAAACUGUCACAGCAAACCAGUUCACAGUGUGUUUGCGUCGUGGGGGGCAAACCAUUUACCAGCAGGUGCUAUCUGUAGAGCGCCCUCCAACAUUACAAGGCUGGAACUGGGGCUAUUGUGGAGAAUAUGCCUUCUAUCACGCCUUGUACCCCCGCGCCUGGACCGUCUACCACCUGCCAGGACAGAAUGUCACCUUAACCUGCAGGCAGAUUUCCCCAGUCAUCCCCCAUGACUACCAGGACUCUAGUCUCCCAGUGGCAGUGUUCGUGUGGGACAUAGAGAACAAAAAUGACUACGCUCUGGAUGUCUCCAUCAUGUUCACUAUGGUCAACGGGUCGGGACAUAAGGAUGACAAGAGUGGGGGACACUGGAAUGAACCAUUCCACCUGGAGAAGGAGGGGGAGGCGGUGUCUGGGGUCCUCCUACACCACUGCACUACAGUGAACCCUUACACCCUGUGCAUCGCAACGCGAGAACAGCCUGACAGGGAGGUCAGUCACCAGACAGCGUUCAGUCCAAAGGGAACCUGCAGCAGCCUGUGGAGUGACCUCAUCACUGAUGGACGACUGGACUCUCCUACAGGAUCCAGCCCACCGACGCCUAAGGGAGAGAAAGUGGCGGCAGCAUUGGCUGUGGGCUGCUCAGUGCCGCCUCAGAGCCAUAACACCCUGGAGUUCUGCCUGGCCUGGGACAUGCCCAGAAUCACCUUUGGCUCUAAGGAGAGGGAACAUGUCAGGAGAUAUACUCGCUACUUUGGGACCAAAGGGGAUGCGUCCCCCUCACUCAGUCACUAUGCCCUAACACACUACAGACAGUGGGAGAAGAGCAUUGAGGAGUGGCAAAGACCCAUUCUACAGGACAGUUCUCUCCCCUCCUGGUAUAAGUCAGCCCUGUUCAACGAGUUGUACUUUGUGGCGGAUGGAGGGACGGUGUGGACAGAGCUAGCAGAGGACGCUGAUGUUAGUGGUGGCGUGCGCAGCGAGGACGGGGGGCUGCCAGCUCAGCCUGCGGUCAUCAAGGAGUACGGCCGUUUUGCCUACCUAGAAGGUCAGGAGUACAGAAUGUACAACACAUACGAUGUGCACUUCUACGCUUCCUUUGCACUUAUUAUGCUGUGGCCCAAACUUGCCUUGAGUGUGCAAUAUGAUAUUGCUGGCAGUGUGGUUCACCAAGACCCAACAGAGAGGCUCCAUCUCAUGAGUGGGCUGUGUUCUCCUGUCAAGACCAAAAAUGUGGUACCUCACGACAUAGGAGACCCAGAUGAUGAGCCAUGGCAGAGGGUGAAUGCCUACCUCAUCCAUGACACUGCAGACUGGAAGGACCUCAACCUGAAGUUUGUCCUGCAGGUCUCUAGGGACUUUCAUCUCACCCAGGACAGUCAGUACCUGCGGGACAUGUGGCCCAUUUGCCAGGCAGUGAUGGAGUCAGAGAUGAAGUUUGACUUGGAUGGAGAUGGACUGAUAGAGAACUCGGGAUAUGCUGACCAGACCUAUGAUGGUUGGACAGUGACUGGACCAAGUGCGUACUGUGGUGGGCUGUGGCUUGCAUCCCUGUGUGUGAUGUGUAAGAUGGCCAGACUGGUGGACAAUGAGGAGACAUACCAACGUUAUAGAGACAUCUUGGACAGGGGCAGUGCUGCUUUUGACAAACUGCUGUGGAAUGGCAAGUACUACAACUAUGACGGCAGUGGGAGAGACCUUUCCAAUAGUGUCAUGUCUGACCAAUGUGCUGGCCAUUGGUUCCUGAGAGCAUCAGGGCUGGGAGAGGGAGACUACCAGGCUUUUCCAAAAGAAAAAAUCCAGACUGCACUAAAAUCUGUCUUUGACUUGAAUGUAAUGAGUUUCGCCGGAGGCCAGAUGGGCGCAGUUAACGGUAUGCGUCCUGAAGGGGUGCCCGACCGCUCCAGCGUCCAGUCAGAUGAGGUCUGGAUUGGAGUGGUGUAUGGACUGGCAGCCACGAUGAUCUAUGAGGGUAUGCAGGAGGAGGGUAUGCGCACAGCAGAGGGUUGCUACCGGACUGUGUGGGAAAAGCUGGGCAUGGCCUUCCAGACUCCUGAAGCCUACUGUGAAAAGGGAAUCUACCGUUCUCUGGCAUACAUGAGGCCUCUGAGCAUCUGGGCCAUGCAGCUAGCUCUGAACACUUCACAGAAGGAUUAGACCACCAUCAGCUCAAACUGGAGCCACAGAUGGGGAACAAGGACAGGAUUUGAAAGAAUCAGAGUGAGGACUUGAGCUAUCAGCCUGGUGUUAUUUGAAAGGUACAGCAAGCUCCUCUGAAAAUGACCUUCAAACUCUCCUGCAGCCACCACCCUCAUCUACAGGGCUCCGUUACAUCAGUUACAGACCUUAAAUCUGGUCAUCUACUGUUUGUUUUGCUUCAAAUGUUUUGUAGUUUGAGGCUUGAGGUCACAACUGUGAUGGUUUAUGCUUGGCAAAGCCAUGAGCUACUGUAGAUCACAAUAUUGUUACACGAGGAGUUGAAGGUUUUUGAAGAGACUGCAAGUGGUUCCUGAUUUUUAAAAGCUGUGCAGUGUAGAGGGAGAAGUAGGAAGUGUCAAAAUCAUAGCCAGUAUGUAUUGCUGAUUAAAAAUUGACAUUGUAUUGCAGCAAUAUAGAGUCUAUUUGCACGCAUGUAAAGACACAUGCAAGCACUACAUUUCACAAUCAUGUCAAUAACUCUUUGAGGACUGUUGUGUAAUUAUACCAGCCACAUGUAGUCAUCAUUGUCUUUAACAGUUGAGUACAUUUGAGGGACUUUGAGUGAAUCAAGCCAAAUUUGAACAAUUUCUCAAUCAGAAAUAUAGACCCAAAAUUUUCCUUUUCCUCCACUUAAAUUUGAAUGCUCUACAAAGUGAUGUAACAUGUGAUGACUAGUGUUGGAAAUUAAAUCUGAAAAAAUGUUUUUUUUUCUUUAAAAAAAAAAUAGCAUUGGUGCCUUGUUGCAUGUUGGCCUAUAUCUACAGUAUAAUAAUGUAGUGGCAACAUUUACAAUGUUUUAUAAAAUCCAAUAGUCAUGACAAUCAUGCGAAUAAAGGACUGAAUAAGAUACAA